GGGAAGCGCUGGAGGCAGACGCGCUGCGUCCUGAGGGUGGCCGCAGCCCCGCCCCGCUGUGCCCCGUCCCGCCCCUGCCGGGCCCCGUCCGGUCCCGUCCCGCAGCGUCCCGCAGCGUCCCGUCCGCGGUCUCCUCGCACCCUCCCGGCACUUGAGGCGCUCGCCGGUGCUUCCAGCGCAGCCAUGGCUCAGCACUUCUCCCUGGCCGCCUGCGACGUGGUCGGCUUCGACCUGGACCACACUCUGUGUCGCUACAACCUGCCCGAGAGCGCGGUGCUCAUUUAUAAUAGCUUUGCUGAGUUCCUGGUCAAGGAGAAAGGGUAUGACAAAGAAUUACUAACUGUGACUCCAGAGGAUUGGGAUUUCUGUUGCAAGGGCUUGGCACUGGAUCUGGAAGAUGGGAACUUCAUUAAAUUGGCAGAUAAUGGCACCGUGCUCAGAGCAAGCCAUGGCACAAAGAUGAUGGCUCCAGAAGUGCUGGCAGAGGAGUAUGGCGGGAAGGAGUGGAAAUACUUCAUGUCUGACACGGGAAUGGCUUGCCGAUCAGGAAAAUAUUAUUUUUAUGAUAACUACUUCGACCUGCCAGGAGCUCUUCUAUGUGCCAGAGUCGUGGACUCUUUAACAAAGCAGAACAAUGGUCAAAAAACAUUUGAUUUUUGGAAGGAUAUAGUUGCUGGUAUACAACACAAUUAUAAAAUGUCAGCUUUUAAGGAAAACUGUGGAAUAUAUUUUCCAGAAAUAAAGAGAGAUCCAGGCAGAUAUUUACACACUUGUCCUGAAUCUGUGAAAAAGUGGCUUCGACAGCUAAAGAAUGCUGGGAAAAUUCUGUUGUUAAUUACAAGUUCUCACAGUGAUUACUGUCGACUUCUCUGUGAAUAUAUUCUUGGGAAUGAUUUUACAGAUCUUUUUGACAUUGUGAUUACAAACGCAUUGAAGCCUGGUUUCUUCUCCCAUUUACCAAGUCAAAGACCUUUCUGGACGCUCGAGAAUGAUGAGGAGCAGGAGGCGUUGCCAUCUCUGGAUAAACCUGGUUGGUACUCCCAAGGGAACGCUGUCCACCUUUAUGAACUUCUGAAGAAAAUGACCGGCAAAAGUGAACCCAAGGUCGUUUACUUUGGUGACAGCAUGCAUUCAGACAUUUUCCCAGCCCGUCAUUAUAGUAACUGGGAGACAGUUCUCAUUCUGGAAGAGCUCAGAGGGGACAGAGAUGGGAAGCCUGAAGAAUCAGAGCCUCUAGAGAAGAAAGGAAAAUAUGAGGGACCAAAGGCAAAGCCUCUAAAUACAUUAUCUAAAAAAUGGGGCUCUUUUUUUAUUGAUUCAGUUUCAGGACUGGAAAAUACGGAAGACUCAUUAUUUUAUACAUGGUCUUGUAAGAGAAUCAGUACUUACAGCACUAUUGCAAUUCCAAGUAUUGAAGCAAUAGCAGAAUUACCCCUGGACUACAAAUUUUCAAGGUUCUCUUCAAGCAAUUCAAAAACAGCUGGCUACUAUCCAAACCCUCCAUCGAUCUUAUCAAAUAAUGAGACACUGACAGCCAAAUAAACUGUCUUUACUGAAAAAUGAAGUGAAGAACCAUAUAUGCAGCAAAUAUACUGUAAAAAUGUUAAUUUUUGAAAAAUACUGUAAAAUGCUUUCUAGGAACAAAUUCCUAAUGAUAACUAACCAAGAAUUAGAUGCUUUUCCAUAGGUCUCCUUUCUGUAUAGAUCAUCUUGAUGCCCAACAACUCUCAUUAUAUUAAAAUCUCAGUGUCUUAGAAUGGAAAGGAACCUUAUUAAUAUUUUCUAUACCAAUAAUUCUGAGAUUACGAUUCACCUGGGCAUAUGUGUGUGUGUGUGUGUGUGUGUGUGUAUAAGUACACACACACACACGCACACUUGUACAUACACAUAUUUACAUAUAUGCCUAGACCAAUGGUUCUCAAAGUGUUGUCCCCAAACCACUAACAUAGCAUCACCUGAGAAUUUGAUAGAAAUACAGAUUUGCAGGCCCCACCCCAGACCUGCAGAAUCAAACUCUGGGAAUGUAUCCCAGCAACCUGUGUUUAAUAUUAGUGUGAUUCAUAUACUGAAGUUCAAAAAUCACUAGCUAGACCAUAACUUCCAGAUUGGUUUAAUUGGUCUGGGAAUAGAGAUGAGCACUGAUGUCUUUUACUUGCCCCAGGAAAAGGUAGCCAGAAUUGGGAACAACUGAACUAUAUCUGUUUCUUCCAUCUAUAGCUAAGAACGCUGAGUCCAGUGAGAAUAAAUGAUUUUUCCAAGCUA